AUGACAUCGUUUUAUGACAAUUAUAACUAUUACAAAAAAAUGCUGGAAUUGCAGGAAAAAUUACGAAAGAGGUAAGUGAAGUACAUAUUUCUUAAAAUAAUGAUUUGCAAUAAAAUUCGAAUCAAUUAUGAGCCUAUUAUUCUUAAACCUAGAAACAGAUUACUGCAUGUUUAUAAACGAUUGUUACAGUGAAGAAGAGAGAAUAAGAUUAGAAGAGAGAUUCAAAAUACUCGUACAAGAAUCUCGUAAUAGGUGAGUGUUUAAAGGAAAAUUGUUUAUUUGAAUGUCACUAUUAAACCUGGUAUUUCUAUAUUUAUAUAUACGAAAUUUUUUUUAUACUCUUGAAGCAAUAAAUUAACCUGUCACGUUUAGUAUGUAUACUAGCAAAAAUUAAUUAAGUAUAUUUUUAGAGGCGGAAUAUCGGCAAAUAGCUGUUAUUAUCGAUUUUAUUUUCGUUUUACGUAAUAAUAACACUAUAGAAUUUCAGAGAUUAUGUAUUGAUUUAGAAGUGACCUAGUUUUGAGAAAUGUCACAAUCAAUACUAACUUUAUCUUACAAUUGAUUCCGAACGUGAAUUUCGUGUUUUGCGCUUUUAACAUCUGUACCUUAACCUAGGUGAACAUCGAUCGAAUAUACUACAUUCAAUAUAGUAUAGGGUUCAUAUAGACAUUCCUUUAAUUUGGCACUGCAACUUGAUAUUUUCAUAUAGUUAGUGUUAUUAUAUAUACUUAUAUGUGCAUAUAAUAGAUAUGUAUACAACUAUGUACACAACUAUCUAGGAAAGACAUGAUCUUUUACGACACGUCACGCACGCGAUGUCCUUCGAUUAUGCAGACAUUGAACAAACUGUAGCGUAUACUGUAGCGUAGCUUAAACAUAGUCAACGAAAAUAGAAGUUUUCUUAUAUAUUUACGAUUAUAUUAAUCUGAUAAUACUCUUUAAAAUGGAUCUCGUCUUUUUCAAAGAGAAGAGAAACUUGGUUUUUAGAAAAUUAUGAAAUUAUUAUGACAUUUCAGGCAUGAUGCGUGUAUAAAUCGAUUACGUUUAAGAUAUAUAGAGUUUUUAGAGGAACAACGUACAAGAGAUGAAAGAAAUCAUAAACUUCUUGAAGCAUUGGAUAGAGUAGAUAAUGACCUUGCAUCGAUGACUGCAAAAACAGAUAAACUUAAUGCUCUUAGAAAACAAUAUGAAGCUUAUCUUCGUCGUAUUUAUACAGUUCCUAGCCCAUCGACGAAUAUUAUUGAUGGCGGCAGUGUAAUGAAUCAAAGCGAAGAUAGAUAUUUAAGAAGAGACGCUAUCGCGAAACAAAUCUCUCUUGAUGUAGAAAAUACUUCAGCAUCUCAAUUAUUGCGGUUGGACGGUCAUAAAAAUCAAUCGAUUCCUCCAUCCGCGUCAACUAAAUCUGCGCAAAAUACGUGUAACGAUUAUCAUCAACAAAAUAUUAACACGCAACCCAGAAUUUUAAGUCAACAAAUAAGCCGCAAGAAUACUUAUCCGUCGAUUUCACAAAACAAUGAAAUGAUAAAACAACCAGCGACGCAGAGCCUAGAAAAUUUUGAACAAAAACAAUCACACCUUCAAGUCGAUCCAAAUUUGCAUAUUCCACGUGUGUCAUCAGGUCGGUUAUGUUCGUUGAAUCAACAAACUUUAUCGCAUUACAACUUCAAUAAACCCUUGACACAACGGAUGGAAAUAUCGCAAACUGCGUCGCAUUUUAUAGUUCCAGAACAUAUCAAUGGUAAUAUAUCGCCGUAUACGUCUUUGAAUGUAUCUCAAAAUCGAUUUGCUCCAAUGACUGUAGAUUAUGCUCGUCCAUCAAGUGUACAGCCUUUUCAACAGAAACGUAACAAAGUUUCGUUACACGACAUGGAAACGCAGACAAGAUGCGUCGGUGCGUUUCCAAACGAAGCAUCCUCGGCUUAUAAAACUAUAUCCGCGCCUAUAGAACGAAAUAUCUGUUGCAUGUCCUCGUCGAGCAAAUCUCCAAAUUUGUCGAAACAAGCCUCACCGCGUUAUUACGAUUACUCGUGGAGGAAACCCGAUAAUUUUAGAUCAAGGCACAAAUCUAUUAGCGGUGCUUCUGUUGUACGUCCGCUAGUAACAUCCGGUAUCGACAAUAUGACGAGACGAUAUAAAUAUUUCACACCAGAAACUAAUGCGAGGCAAUCCACUGUGGAACAGCAAGAUGAAAGUAGAACAACAACGAUCGUAGAGAACGAAUUAGACAGGUACAUUGAUAAGAUUCGUAGACUUCAUCGUGACCUUGAUGCGCAAAGUUUAGAGGAAAUUGAACAGGAGCGUGAUGUCGGUGGUAAUACGCUUGACGUUUCUUUAUCGGUUGAUAAUUUGUCGGAGAUUCCUACGGGGGAUCAAUCGGAAGAAAAAGAUCUCCCCAAAGAAGUCGAGAAGGUUUUAGCGUUAGCGGAUGAUCUUGCAUCUAGAUCAGUGGAUUUGGACGUUGCCAACGAAUCUGGAGAAGCACGCGUGAAUAAAAAUAGAAGUGUCGAAUUUGUUCAAGCCGCGAGAGGCGGUACACCGAUUUUAGAAAGAAACUACGUUUCGCAUACGCGCAACGAUUGCAAAACAUCGGCCGCGCUUGCAAAACGCGAAAUUAGCGGGGAUAUUGAAUUACACGAGACAAAAUUAGACUCACAUCAAAAUGUUAAAAAUUCUGAGAAGGGAAAUCUGAAUGAUACGUUAGAGCAGUAUGGACAAAAAUUGCCUAAAAUGCAAGGGGAUGAGCAAGUUGAUCUCAUGGUGACUUCGUCAGUUGACAAGGUUGUAGAACAAGACAUUAAGAACAUUAUUACGUCGAAAAAUAUGCAAAGAGUAGAGUAUGAUGAAAAAGAUAGGAACAUUUAUAUCGCGGCAGAAUCAAAUCUUGAUCAGUAUUUGUUUGAUAUCGUAGAUGAAUUAGAACCGUGGAAUCUGGAUCUUCUUCAGAAGCGAAUAAAGGAAGUAGAUUCAAUUCAUGAAGCUGAAAAUCAACUUGACAAGAAGGAAAUUGUCACUGAUACUCAGAAUCAAGACAAUGUAAAGCAAACUGAACUUCUGGAUGGAAUAAAAACCACAGAAAAUGAAGAGAAUAAGGAAGACUCUAGCGAAGACACGCAUGGAAAAGAUAUAAAUUCGAAUAUAGGAUUAGAACAAAAAGGUAUCGAAUAUCUCGAAUCAAAAGAAGAGCUUGCGAAUGAAAACGAGUUAAGUGAGAUUUCUAUCUCGCUAGAUCAAAAAGAAGAAUGCAAAGACAAAAGUUACACGGCCAACGAGAAUAUUGUUCAGAAUAUAGAACCAUCGACAGAUCAGAAUGAAUUUCACAGUGAGCAGAAACAAGAAGCUGGCGAAAUUAAUGUCCCGUCUAAUACUUCUCAAGAACAAAAUGUACAAGAUUAUGAAUAUAGUAAUGAAAAUUACUACGAAGAUUCUAAUCAAGCUGAGAAUUACCCGCAAAAUUAUGAAACAGAGUAUAGUGGUUUGAACGACGGAUAUAAUUACGAUCAGAAUGCAUCGUACGAAAACAAUCAGGACGAAAAUUAUGAUCGAAAUAUGUCGUACAACGCUGAUCAAGAACAAAAUUACGAUCCAAAUGCUGCGUACGAAGCUAAUCAAGAUGAAAAUUACAAUUCAAACGCGUUGUAUGAUGCCGAUCAAAGGCAGAAUUAUGAACAGAACGUCUACGAAAAUAAUCAAAGCCAAGAAUAUCAAGAAUAUAUUAAUCAAGAGUAUGUGCAAGGAUCGAGUGAACAAUACGGAGAAUACGCCGGUGAGCAAUAUGGUUCUGAAAAUCAGUACGAACACGAUCCCAACGUGCAAUACCAGGAAAACGCGGAUCAACAAUAUGCGUACGCUUAUGAUCAACAAUACGACUCCAAUCAAGAAAAUGAUCCGAAUGUAAAUCAAUCUUUUGCAUAUUCCGAUUACGAUGCUAAUCAGGCGCAGCUUGUGCAAGAAGAAGAUAAACCGAAUGAGGAAUUGCAAGGAGAGCCAAAACACGAAGAGGCAGAGGGAAACGCUGAUACGGCUCAGAGCAAGAACGAAACGUCAGUUUCCGAAAAUGGGAAGAAAAAGAAAGAUGUAAUUAAAACUUUGUUGGAUUCUGACACGGACAGUACUAUCGAAAGAAACGUUUCGAACACAGAAAGUGAUUUUGAUUUCAAUUGA